AUUUCUCUCUCUUUAGCCUCUUUUAUGCAAGGAUCUUCCUUUCUUGAUCACCUAUACAUAUCCUCUAUCUAAAAAACUAUAAUACAAUAUGAAUAUAGUCAGUGCACCUCGCUUUAAUAGCACACUCUCAUCAACUCAUCGAUGCAUUACUUGCUUUUAAUGGCAACACAACAGAAAGCGAGUGGAUUGCUCAUUCAACCAAUCAUGCUGAUGCACCUCAUCGACAACAUCAAGUUGUUAAUGGGCAACUGAAUAUUGGAGCUAUACGCAACAUGACCUACAGAAGCAGUGCAGACUUAUCAAGGAGCAGUAACUACCAACAGCAGUACCAUGACAACAGCAGGGCAUUCAAGCGAAAAUCUGCAGAAACAGCUGGCAGUCGUUUUAUGCGAAGCAUUUCAUCGUCAUUUCGAACGACAACAUCAAACAGUACGAAGACUGUUGCACAGGGCCAAGAAACGCCACCACAAUCAUCAAAAUCAUCCACUGUGUUUUUUCCUGACCACGCUUUCUCGUCAGUCAACAUCAACGAUGAUGAUAGUGGUGACCCAUGGUCAUCAAUGAGAAUCAAGGCGGAAGAAAAUGCGUCAUCGAUUUCAAUGCAAAGCGUUUCCCAGCGUAGUACAGCAUCAACCUCGUCAACGUCAAGCCCAAAAAAUCCCAUACGGACAUUCUUUGGAUCGGCAACGAUGAUUGUUCGACAUGGACGCGAUCAUCAGGUAUCACCAUCGUCGAAAGUGGUCCCUGUUGCGACAAAGCAACAGCAACGCAGUAGUGGUGCUAGUAAUAUCAGUAACGGCCAUAAUUAUCAAUCAAUGCAUUCUAUGAGUUGGAGACAACUGUUUACACCGGGACUGAUGAGAAAAUCAUCAAAGUACGAAGGAUCAUUCUUGGACGAAGACAGUAGCAGUAGCUCUGCCGCCAGCAGCUGUAACAACCGACGAAGUUUUACAAGUGAUCAUAUGGCUGAAACUGUAAAACUAUAUUCAUCACAAGAGCGGCAGCGAUGGUCGUGCGGUGAUGAUGCCAAAUAUUCUCCUUUCGAGAUUGCCAAGCACAACAGCAUGUAUCCAAUCAAUAGCAGAAACUUAAUGGGUGAGGAAAGAUGCGAACGCCAAUCUGCUGCAAUGCGUCUUAGCAACGGUUCAGAAUAUCAGCGAUCAUUACAUCCUGCGAUUUCUACUAUGUUCUACAAAGAGCCAAGCGAGAUUACUCUAUCGACGACGACUAGAUCUGAAUCAUCAGAUAAUAUGAAUGGCCGGGAUACUAGCAGACAGCAGAAGCAAUUGGGCGUGGAGCAUUUUGGAUGCGAGGAGCCAGCGAUGUAUCGUCGAAGUUUUUCUGAUGAUGAUGACGAUUUGGAAUUGUUGACGAUGGGAACAUACGGCCCCCUAACACCCGUCAGUGUCCCCGAGUCACCAACUACACAAUCAUCGCCUACAGCAGAUUUGAAAUUUACUACAACCAACAGCGGCGAUGGCCCGGGGACUUCUACUGUUUCUCCACGAAGCGGCAGCACGGCCAUCAGCCAGAAAGAGGACACGAAUUUCGACAGAAUCUCGACACGCUCAUCUUCGUAUUUCUCAGCACGCUCGUUUUCUUCAUAUUCGAGUCUUCACUCUGCAAAAAGUAAUAGCCAAUCAAGAAUAUUUGAUUUGGAAAUGGCGCGGUAUCAUUACACGAACGGUGAUGAUCAUCGUAGACGCUCGUCUAUUAUCAUAGCGUCCCCUCUUUCUCUCUCUCCUGAUACCGAUGACAAUGAUCGGCAACAACAGGUACACACAACGACGGCAGCAUUAGACGACGGAGCUAUUGAGCCAGCUACUACUGAGCCAGGAUCUGAAAGAAAAAAUACCAGAGCGAGCAACAAUUAUGCCACCAUAUCAUCGUUAUCAGCAGCACAAAAACAGCAAACGUCGACUCUACUCAGCAAGGCAAUGAUAUUUGCAGAAGGGCGCUCAUCUUCUGAAGAGCAACGACAGGCUGUGUCUUCUUCGUCAUCGUAUCGUUCUGUUGGAACUAUUGGUAUAUCGAGUCUGUCUUCUGUCCUUGCUCGUCAUUGGGCACCUCAUCGACGGACCGCCAGUAUCCAAGGCAAUAAAACCUCACAAAGCAGGUCAUCGCAGCAACAGCGCAGAAGCCCGAUACCUUUCAGUACAUCUGACCCUGAUAUGGGCAGCAAUAGCGACACUAUCGUACAAUCUGUUAAUAACGCGUCCCGUGAUACAUUAUAUCGGUCUCUGGACAUCGAAAACCGUAUUGAUUUCACCCAGCCAAGUGAUGAAUUAAAUUAUGUUAGUGAAAAUGGACAUGCUAUUCUAAUUACACAGCCUGUUGCAGGAGACAAACAAAAAGUCAUUGCAGGCACAGGCGCUCAACUCUUCAAAAAGUUGAUAGAAAGCGCAAUUCAUGUCAUCAUGCAUUCAUCAGCUCUGCCAAACUUUUUGAUUACCUUAAAGACGUUUUCCAGGGCAUUACGUGGCAUGAAUAUGGAACGACUUCGCAAAGAAGUAUUCAGCUCAGAGUCAUAAAUGUGAUAACGCGUUGGAUUAAGCUGCAAUACGAGGAUUUUAAAGUAGAUGACACCUUAUUACAUCGGUUACAUCGUUUUCUGCUCAUAAAUAUGCAGGCAGCACAGAUUGGCGAAGAGCUU